AUGGAUUUCAAUUUGUCAAUAACUUUUUGUGCAGUACCAUAUCCAGUAACCACAAAAGAACUCUACAAUCUAUAUUUAAUCACUAUGAGUUCUUGGCUUACGACAUCACAUUUAUCAAAGCUCUUGAUUUUACUUCCACAAGAAGAAUUUGACCCAAACAAUACUAUAGUACCAGAAUUAGAAAGACAUUUCGGUAAAAACAGAAUUUUCUUCACAGAACCAAUCGACGUUGAUUCUGAUGGAGUUCCAUACAUAGAUGAUUGGUUCUUCAAAGGCUUCGAUUACUCGCAAACUGAUUACGUUUGUUGGAUAAAUUCGGAUAUAAUUUUGCCAAAAGGCUGGUAUCCGAGAUGUCAGUUUGUCAUGGAUUACUUCUAUCAAAAGAACCUUCAAGCUGCUGUUAUUAGCCGCAGAUGCGAUUUCAAUUAUUCCCUGAAACAAAAAACUCAAAUUCCCAUUGACUACGACUCGAUUGCGAAGGACAGACAUACUCAUUCUACUUGGGGCAUUGAUUUCUUCCUGAUUUCGAAGAAACCAAUGCAAUUAAACAUCGAUGAAAUUCCUCCUUUCCAUAUGGGCAAAUAUAGAUGGGAUCCAUGGGUUGCAGGGUGGCUAGAUUCACAUAUAGCACUUACCUCGCUUGGAGAUGGCUUCUGUUCUUACCAUUUUAACCAUAAACCGAAAAAUCGGCAUAUUAGUGAUCCAAAGGUCAAAGAAAACUAUGUUCUUGCAGCAAGACAUAAUAGAUAUAGCCACUCAAAUGCAAAGGCAGCUUACAAGAUCAAAAAGAACCAUUUGCAAUACAAAAAUAAAAUUCUCACUUCAUUUGGCAAGGAAAUGCCACUUGAUAAUGCACCUGCUGAUUAUAACUCAAGAUCAGACUGA